AGAAUUUUACUCUUAACCAAACGAAAUUCCAUUAUUCAAUCCUUUUUUUCCCGUUAAUCUUCCUAUAAAUCCCCUUUUCCCAUCUCCAUUGUAACUCAACAACCUCACCGGUUUCGGAUUUGGAUUGGUAAUCGCAUUGAAAGGGAAAAAAAUCUAAAAAAUUAGAGAAAAAGUUACCUCAAUUCUCCAAUAACAAUGGAUUCCAGAGCCAUUUCCGCCGCCUUACUCUUCAAUUUCCUCCUCUUCUCAGCCGCCUCCGCCUUCAACAUCACUAAGCUCUUGAGCCAGUUCCCCGAUUUCACCAAUUUCAACGAUUUACUCACUCAAACAAAACUUGCAGAUGAUAUUAACAGCAGAAAAACCAUUACAAUUCUUGCCGUCGACAAUGGCGCUAUUUCUGGCAUCUCCGGCAAGCCAUUGGACGUCAUGAAGAGGAUCUUGAGUGUUCAUGUUAUUCUUGAUUAUUACGAUGUUCAGAAGUUAGGUAAAUUGUCGAGCGACAACACUACGGUUCUCACAACAUUGUACCAAACAAGCGGUACGGCUACAAACGAACAAGGUUUCCUUAAGGUUACCUUGAUUAACGAAGGCGAAGUUGCGUUUAAAUCCGCUGUGAAAGGAGCAACGGCUGAUUCAAAAUUGGUUAAAUCUGUUGUUUCUCAACCGUACAACAUCGUUGUUCUUCAGAUCACAUCUCCAAUUCAAGUUCCUGGAAUCGAUACCAAGCCAACUAACUCCACUACUGCACCACCACCAUCGAAAUCGUCUUCUCCAGCUGGAUCGCCAAAAGAAGCACCGGUUCCUUCCGCUGAGACUCCGUCGGAGGCUGACGCACCGGCUGCGGAAUCACCAAAGAGUGAUGCCCCAGUGAGUUCUUCCCCACCGAAGCCUGAGGCAGAUUCACCAGAUGCAGCGGGCGACGACGCUGAUGCUGCGGCACCAGGACCUAGUGAUAGCUCGUCGUCGUCGUCAGGGGUUAGGUUGGUCGGAGGGGCGGCAGUUGUUGUGGCGGUGUUAUCGUCGUUUCUGGCCAUGUGA